ACCUCCCCCCCGGCCCCCACCCGCCCGACGCAGAGGUUCCGGCGGCGCCCGCCAUAGCCUUUCAUUGUCGCCGCCGACGCCGCCAUUCGCGCCGCGGGGCUGCCCCGAGGGGAGCGGGGGACGGAACCAGCUCUGACAAGAGGAAGAACCAUCCAUUAAAAACAUCCAGCUAUCCCAAAAUCCAUGGAAAAUCCAAAUUAUCCCAGCACUUUUUCCCCCUCAAUCUCCCCAUGAUUUCCCACACUUUUAAAGCCUCAAAUCCUGUUUUUAGCAGGGAUUUUUUGGGGGUGAAUUUUUCCAAAUUCCUUGGCUCAGCCAGGAAUUUUUUCCAGCCUGCAUGGACAGAGCAACCUUUGCCUGUUCCACUGCUUUUUUCCGGGAUUUUGGGAAUUCUUCUCCGGGUGCCCUCCCCGGGGGCCACGUGGAUUUCAUUGACAAAGCCGAUUCCUUCUCUUAUUCAGAUUUUUUCCGGGAUUAUCUCAUUCCCAACCAUCCCUGCGUUUUCUCGGCCAAAUUCACCGAGGAUUGGGGCAGCAGGAAAAACUGGGUGACGUGGGAUGGGAAACCCAACUUUGAGCAUCUCCUGCAGAACUUUGGAGAAGCCGUGGUGCCCGUUGCCAACUGCGAUGUCAAGGAAUACAAUUCCAACCCCAAGGAGCAGCUGCCCUUCAAGGAAUACGUGGAAUAUUGGCAGGAAUACAUCCGGAACGGCCACCGCUCCUCCCGGGGCUGCCUCUACCUCAAGGACUGGCACCUGAGCAGAGCUUUUCCAGAGCAGGAUGUUUACACCACUCCCGUCUAUUUUUCCUCGGAUUGGCUCAACGAAUAUUGGGAUGCCGUGGCCGUGGACGAUUUUCGGUUCGUCUACAUGGGACCCAAGGGAUCCUGGACGCCGUUCCACGCCGACGUCUUCCGCUCCUACAGCUGGUCGGCCAACGUCUGUGGCAGGAAGAGAUGGCUCCUGUAUCCUGCGGGGCAGGAGGAAUUCCUGAAGGAUCGCCACGGGAACCUCCCCUUUGACGUGACAGCUCCGGAUCUUCGGGAUAAGAGGAUUUAUCCGCGCUACAGCCAGAGCCAGCCCCCUCUGGAAAUCCUCCAGGAAGCCGGAGAGAUCGUCUUCAUUCCCAGCGGGUGGCACCACCAGGUUCAUAACCUGGAAGACACCAUCUCCAUCAACCACAACUGGGUCAACGGCUGCAACGUGGCCGUCAUGUGGUGCUUCCUGCAGGAUGAGCUGGCGGCCGUCCAGAGGGAGAUCAGCCAAUGGAAAGAUCCCAUGGAUGAUUGGCACCUCCAGUGCCAGCUGAUCAUGAAAUCCUGCACGGGCAUCGACUACAAGGAAUUCUACAACUUCCUCAAGGUCAUCGCGGAGAACCGGAUUUCCGUGCUGGAGAAGGGCCUGGAUGAGGAAUCCUCGUCCCAGAACAAUUCCAGAGCCGCCAUUUCCACCCUGGGAAUGCUGCACGCCGUCUUCGACCUGAAGAGGACGGUGAAGGUGCUGAGCUCGCUGAGCGCCAACGAGGAUUUCCGGAGGCUGGACCUGACCUCCCUGUCCCCCGCUCCGGAGGCGCUGCUCCAGCACCUGGAGUCGGCCAUCGACACCGCCCUGCUCUGAAUUCCCGCUUCUCCAGCUUCUCUCCAAAGGGUGGGAGGAGGCUCUUGGACAAGAGCUUUACUCCCAGCAGGAGGAGGGAGAAUGGAAGGAGGGAGAACGUUCCCAAAGUUCUGAGUGGUUUGGAGGAAUUAAGGGAAAAACCAUCCCAGCCAAAGGAAAAUCCCAAACUUCCUUAGGAUUCUGAGCCUCACUCAGGGAAAAAAUUCCCUGUGGAUCACCUGCUGUCGGAAUGAUGCGAAUUCCCUGUGCUUAAGCUCAGCUUUGUUAAAACCUCUCCUACUUCCAGGUGUAGCUCAGCUUUUCCAUCCUUUUUUAGGGGAUUCCAGCUGGUGGAUUCCAUGGAAGCCUGAGCUGGAGCCAGCACCUGGAGUCAGCCAUAGACACGGCCCUGCUCUGAAUUCCCACUUCUCCAGCUUUUUUCCAAAGGUUUGGAGGAAAUGGACUUGGACAGGAGCUUUACUCCAGUGGGAAGAAGAACAAUGGAAGGAGAACAUUUGGGAUGGAGGGAGAACAUUCCCAAAAUUCUGAGUGGUCUGGAGGAAUUAGGGAAGAAACCAUCCCAGCCAAAGGAAAAUCCCAAACUUCCUUAGGAUUCUGAGCAUCACUCAGGGGAAAAAAUUCCCUAUGGAUCACCUGCUGUCGGAAUGAUGCGAAUUCCCUGUGCUUAAGCUCAGCUUUGUUAAAACCUCUCCUACUUCCAGGUGCAGCUCAGCUUUUCCAUCCUUUUUUAGGGGAUUCCAGCUGAAUUCCAUGGAAGCCUGAGCUGGAGCCUGGAUUUGGGAAUGCUGAUUCUGUGUCUUCCAAAGUGGGAUUUCCAAAGCCGAGACGCUCAGGAUUAAAUGUAACUCAACUCCAAGCAAAACCUGCCUCGACUCAUCCCAAUAAAAAACAGGAAUGGGAAUGUGCUCCAGGAAUUCCAUGUUCCAUCCCAAGGCCCAGAAUUCCUUCCAGGAAAGAUCAGGAAAGUUCUGAGUGGUUUGGAGGAAUUUGGGGAAAAAAAACCCAUCCCAGCUGAAGGAAAAUCCAGAUUUUUUAGGAUUCUGAGCAGGCACUCAGGGAAAAAAUUCCUUGUGGAAUUUUUUUGUGGAUCCAGCACCUCCUGCACUCUUCCACAGCACAAUUCCCACCCAGAAUAUUCCCAGUGGAACCUCCCCCCUCCUGCUUUUCCUUGGAAAAAUCCAAACCCUGGAAGCACAAAUGGCUGCACACUGUUAUCUUCAGGCCUCGCUUGAAUUCUUCCCGAAUCCAAAGCCAAGAAAAACUUGGAAUUUUGGGAAGUUUUAGGAAGUCAAACUGAAAAUCCACCUCGUUUUCCUUGAAUUCCUUGGAAUUUUACCCCCCCCUGCACUUUGCAUGUCCUUUUCCAACAGGAAUUUUGCAUUUUUUCUUCCUUCCCAAUAACCUCAAGGAGCCGUUUUUCCUUCCUUUAGGAAAUUCCCGGAUUCUUGAAGAUGACAAAGAUGGGAAUAAGGAGCACGCAGAGCCUGGAAUCUUCAAAAUUCCAAGAGUUUUAUUUAAAUAAAAAUUCCUGGCAAACUUCCA